UUUCUGAUCCUAUUUAAAGGGAAAGCGCCAGGCACCGGGACCCAGCCGCAGAGCCAGAGUCAGGGACUGCAGUUCAGCUUGAAGCCUACCGAGAAGACAUGGUGUCGCCGGUCACAGUGGUGAAGAGUGAAGGCCCCAAGCUGGUGCCAUUUUUUAAAGCCACUUGUGUCUAUUUCGUCCUCUGGCUGCCAACUUCCAGCCCUUCCUGGUUCAGUGCCCUCAUCAAGUGUCUGCCCAUCUUCUGCUUAUGGGUUUUUCUGCUGGCACAUGGAAUCAAUUUCCUAGUCGCACAUCGAAGCGCCAAUAGGAUCCUAGCAGGGUUAAUAUUCUCCGCAGUGGGGGAUGCCUUCCUCAUCUGGCAGGAGCAAGGCUACUUCGUUCAUGGUCUGCUGAUGUUUGCCAUCACACACAUCCUGUACUCCUCAGCAUUUGGGAUGAAGCCUUUGGACCUGAAAGCUGGCUUUGUGAUGACCCUUGUCUCCAGCUUCUGCUACACCUUCCUGUAUUACUACCUCUCAGGCCCAUUCACCUACCUGGUUGCUGUCUACAUCGCUUUGAUCGGCUUCAUGGGGUGGCGCGCCAUUGCUGGGGUGCAGCUGUGCAAUGACCUCUGGACUUGGACCAAGCUUUCAGCCUGCAUCGGAGCAGUGCUUUUCAUGGUGUCAGAUCUGACCAUUGCAGUUAACAAGUUCUGCUUCCCGGUGCCCUACUCACGUGCCAUCAUCAUGGCCACUUACUAUGCAGCCCAGAUGCUCAUUGCACUCUCAGCUGUGGAGAGCAGGGAUGAAGAGGACUUCAAAAAGAGGAAUUAGAUGGAACGCCAGCAGGCUCGUGAACUGCAUGGAUUAUAACUGGGGUGCUGUAGUAGCAUUAGUCGCUGAAGGAGAUCUCCAUCUCUCAAGGUGCAUUGGUGAUAGAGAUUUUGCUUCUUUAAAGCAUUAUCUUUGGGUUUUUUUAAAUCUGACUCUCCUUGAAUGUAAUUUACUUCAGUGUGGAGACCACACUGGAAAAUUUAGACUGCUCCUACAGUAGCUACUCAUUGACCUUUUCCUCUUGGAAGCUUCAGGAGUCCUCUCUAAAACAUUGUAUUUGUUAAUCCUGAAGCUGGUUCUGAAUGUUAUGGAAGGAGAAGGCUAAUUUAAAGAGACCGUGAAAAGAGGCUAGGCAAGUUAAGAGGCUUGCCUUCCAGCCUGGGCACACAUGUCCCAAUCCCAGCUAAGGUGAUAGGGAUGUGACAAUGAGCUUAGGUGGUGACUAGACUAGACCCAAGUUGUGGCCAUUACAAAGCCACUACACAGGGUGCAGCAACUGACAGCCUCUGCUCAAAGAGAGCCUAGGAGUAGCAUAGCAAGAGGAUAGGUAGUGCAGGUCAGGGCUGAAGUACAUUGGUAAGAAUUGGGUGGUGGGAAACUUGCACUGUACUGGAUUCUAACCGGGGCUCUUUUGUGAAUUCCAAACUCAUGCAACUUCCUAUUUAAAUGCCAUUCAAAGUUUGUGCCCAACGUGAAUGCUGCUGAGCAUUUAGUAUGCUAUAUACUUGCAGAAGCAACAACAGAAUGCAAUAACAUUCUGAACUUUGAGAAAAUGGGAAGUGAAAGGCAUUUGAAGCAGGCUGGGUUACAAUGAAAGGAUACGUGCAUGAAAGUUAAUGAGCAGUUUUAGCAGGCAACUUUCAGCAUUUGCUUACCUAGGGUAGUCCUGUGGCCAUGUGCUAAGAUAUAUGAUGGAACAAUGGGUCUGUCUUUCAGCAUCAGACCUCACCCCCAGUUAUCAGUAGCUUUGUUGACUGAAUUAAUAAGCCUGGUAAACCUCCUGCACCUCCUCUGUAGGUGUUGAGAGCUCUUGAAUCAGUGACAAUGUUUGUGCCAACCCCAAAAAACUCCAAAACAAAGGCAAAGUAUUAAAACACAAAGCAUAUAAAGAAAUGCACACUGGGAUAUAGCAUACUUCGAUCACUGUGAAAUUACUGCAGACCCAAGUUUAUAGAUGCAUCAUUAGUGUUAACAGGCAAUUGUUUUAACUGUGAGCUUGGCAGAUUUUCAGGGAAACCUAUUUAUUCAAUUAAGGCUAGUAGGCUUCUCUGUAUUUGCAUGUCUACACACUUGACCCUAUACAUAUGUGCACAGUAGUAUGGUAUUAGGAGCCACCAUACACAACCUGAGUUGGGGUAUUCUGUGCUUUGCAUCACACUUUUGGAGAUACAUUCCACUAAGAAAUCAUGAUUUAUUUUUUCCUGGGCUCACAUUCUAUCCAUAAUGUGGGAAUUGGGAGACUGGAAUUUGACAUUUAAGCAUUUAUUGCUCAGUAUUUACAGCUGCUAAUAAGUGAGAAUACUCUGCAUAUUUGCACAUAUUUAAUACACUCCUUACUCGGGGUAUUUUAUUUGUCUGUGAGCAUUUUCCCUUACCUACAAAGCCAGCUACGUAGAACAAGUGUCUGUUUUUUGCCAGUCAAUGGCAAAGAACCAAGUUUGUGCCACUUGACUUGGCAAAGCCCACUUUGAGGCUAAACCACCUGAAAAGAACGAUUCUGUGCAUUCAAACCAACUCACCCACAUUUCUCCUAACAUCGUGGAGCCUAUAAGAAAAAUUAGAACCAUUAGAGAUGGGAAAAACCUAUUUCCAACCAACCCAAACUAUUUGGCAAUCUUAUCCUCCCCCUGCCAUAGCAAGAGUAUCUCUUCCAUUAGACUCUGUUAAAGGAUUCUGGGGAGGUAUUUUUAAAUUUCACAAUUAUAAUUUUACUUUUCAAUAGUUCCUUCCCUCCUGCAUGCUGUUUAAUUUAUUGUGGGUUGCUCACAAGUGCUGAGCUGCUGCUGCCCCUGAUUGGUCUUUGAUGCAUGACAAGUGGAUGCAGAGACAUUUCCUAUGGAUAUACAGUGAUAGUGCAUCAAGGGGGCUUUCCUCUCCCCUUCCCAAAUCGGAUGGUGUCCCUUGAAUGUUUGUUUUGUGGCCCUUCCUCCCAUGGUACUCACAUGAGUAGUCCUAUUGAUUCUAAUGAGACCAUACCGGUGAAUAACUGUUCCUACAUGUGAGUGAGGAGUUCACAAGUGGGCCCUGUCACAGAGUGCUCUGCUCACCACAGGAUCACCCCUACUCCUGGUGGUUCUGAGGAUUAGCUCUACCAGACCAACACCCUUUCCCAUAGUUGCAAUCCACCUCUCUGUCUGCAGCCCCUCUUUCACUCCAGGAGCUGCUGCUUCCUCUUUGUGAUUCAGCUGUCCAGCCAGGUCAUUAAGUGGUUUCCCCUUCCAUAGGCAGUCCUCACACCCACUGGACUGAUAACAUCACUCCAGCAGUCUUCACGUUUGCUGCCCUUAGCCCUACCGCUCUGCAGUGGUUGGUAGGGGAACCCAAGCCUGCCCUCUAUUUGGGGUUCCAGGCCAGGCCCCUGUACUGAACAGUUAAGGCCUGGCUCUUUCCAAACUUACUGCUCUCACCGCAGUCUCCUUCCUACUGUGAGUCUUCUCCCUGACCUCAGGAAGUGAGACAAUAGACUUCCUCCCUACUACCUUCUUACACUAGCUCCGUCUCCUGGCUUUGUAGAAUGCUUGCCUAUGCCCUCACAGGUGAUCUUCCUUCUAAUUAGCUUCCUCCAGUCUAAAUCUCCCCUGUUUGCAUCCUAAUUGGUUGAUGAGGCUUGACUAGGCCUAAUGCAGCCCUUCCUGUGGGGAGUACCUCUCAUCAUAGGCCCUAUGCAGUGAGAGCUUUGUUUUUGCACCUGGCAUUUCUGAGCCUGAGCCUGCAGGUUUCUCGUAGGUCAGUUGCCAUGCCCUGACUGAGGACUUGUCUACACAUACAGCUGCAGCAGCACUGAUGCAGUGCGCGGUUGUAGCACUUAGUGAAGACACUACCUAUACUGACAGGAGAGCUUCUCUCAUCGGUGUUGUUCUGUCUACGGCUGCAGUUCAGCUGGUUUAACUGCGUUGCUCAAGGGUGUGGAUUUUCCACACCUCUGCGUGACGUAGUUCUGCCGACAUAAGUCUGCAGUGCAGAGCAAGCCUCAGUUUCUGCUGCAGCCCUGCUCACUAUGCCCCUUGGAAUCCAGCAAUAGUCCCUUUAGUUCACAUGCUCCUCUAGCCUUUGCUCUUUGUGGGGUCUCCCAGCACUGUUUUCCCUGUUAUUAAGAUAUUGAAAGUAAAUGGCAGGUUUUUCAGGACCAAAUAUGACACAAAGAGACACGGUCAGAUCCAAAUUAGUCCCAAAUGUAGAGUUAGUAAUGGUAUCCACAACUGGUGUAAGUGGGCCAUUGAUUUCUGUGGAGCUUUGCCAAUUUACACCAGCUGCAGAUUUGGCCCACAGUUUGCAAAGCCCUUUGGGCUAAACCCUGCUAUCUACAUAGUAAGACACUAUUAGUCACUGAAUGGUCUGUGCAUUAAGUCCAUGAAUUGAAAGAAAAUGGUCUUUAUCUGUGACUGGUUGCAAGGGUGAACACACCACUUGUGCCAGGGAAAUACCAGAUGGGUGACCAUCUCCUAAGUGCAGGUCCUCCACCGGACACCCUCUUCUCUUGUGUGUCUGUCUCAAAGGGAGAUGCUGGGAGAGAGACAGGCACUGCUAGAACAAACCAGGCUGCAGUGUUGGUUUAAUUAGAGAGCUACAUGGGUGAGCACCCCAGAGUCUCUCAACCAGCCCCCUGAUUUUAUAUUACAUACAAACUCUUCCGAGCCAAUAACGCUGAUGGGGUGGCAUUGUUUUGGACUCUUACCUGAGAAUGCUGCAGUUUAGGAAAAUAUAAUUCCACUUUGAUUUAACCUCCUAUAAAAUAUGUGGGCCUCCAUUCUUUGGUUCACCCAAGGAGUGCUUGGCAUAGGCUGGAGAGGGGACAAAGAUCUCUUGAAGAGACUUUUGCACCUUGCCAAAUCUGUAGCCCUCUGGCCACAUGGUCAGGCUCUAGUGUAAAGUGAAGUGGCCUGAGGGCUGCCAUGAUAUAAGGCAGGGGUGGCCAACCUGAGCCUGAGAAGGAGCCAGAAUUUACCAAUGUACAUUGCCAAAGAGCCAAAGUAAUAGGUCAGCAGCUCCCCACCCGCCCGUUCCCAGCACCUCCCACCCACCAGCAGCCUCACCGAUCAGCACCUCUCCCUCCCUCCCCGCACCUCCCGAUCAGCUGUUUUGUGGCAUGCAGGAGGCUCUGGAGGGGAGGGAAGAGGAGCUACGCGACGGCCAGCUUAGGGGAGGGGGCGGGAAGGGGUGGAGUGGGGGAAGGGCCUGUGGCAGAGCCAGGGGUUGAGCAGUGAGCACCCCCCGGCACAUUGGAAAGUUGGCGCCUGUAGCUCCAGCCCCGGAGUCGGUGCCUGUACAAGGAGCCGCGUAUUAACUUCUGAAGAGCCACAGGUUGGCCACUCCUGAUAUAAGGGAACGCUGAUCAUGUCCCCCUGUGUGAGUGUUAGCAACAGAGGACAGCUUCUGCUCCUCUCCUUGGCUUGGUGAUGCUCCCACAAACCUUCCUUCUCCUUGGCUGAUGCGAAGAGCGCUCUCUCCUGGCUCUCUCCUGUGUUACAGUUCAGCUCACAGAGUAGCACUUAAUCCAUGGGACGACUGGCAGAGUACGGCACUAUUCUACCUGAGCACGGCUGACAGGACCAGUGGGCAGUAUUAGCAGCAGUGUGAGAUAGGCCGCUGGCACUGAGAACACCCCACACUUUCUUUACUGAGUAGUUUUCACACCCACCAGUAGCCCUACAUAGUGGGAUUCAGUAUGUUGAACAGACAUUUUGGCCUAGAUCCCCAGUAGUACUAUUCAGACUCUUAACUUCCAUUGAGUUCAGUGAGGAUCUGGGCCUUCCUUCCAAGGACUCUUCAUAUUUUAGAAAAUUUAAGUACCAUUGCAAAAGGCUGGGUUAACAAUAGUGCCCCCCAGAAGCGUCUGCUGCUUUAUAAACAUACACCAGAAAGGUUAGCUGCAUUACUGAGGGGGAACGCAUUGUAAAUAGCACAGGCCCCUGUAAUCUCCUUCCUCUAAUGCUGUUGCACAAUAUUUCCCGUAUUCAUUCACUCAAGGGAUUGCUUCUGCUAGAGCGACCAGCUGUAGGAGGCAUGCAGCAUCUCCAUUCAUCAGUUUUGCUUGUCUUGUGAUCCCCAGCUUGGCCCCUGCAUCGCUGCUCUUUGUGGAUGUCACCUGCUGUUACACAGGCCGCUUGUUUGCAACCCUCUUCCUGUCAUAGAGCCAGCUAGAGAAAAUAUGCAUGUACAGUGCUCUAACUGUCUGCUGGGGCCAGUGCUAGCAGGAUUUGAGUGAAUGGCUAAUUUAAGACUUAACUCUCUCUUGGACUAUGUCACUUUGGCAUAUCUGUUCUUCACUUAUGUUCUCCAAGGAUUCCCUCCCCUGUAAGAAAGACGGACAUGCUCAGUAAAGGAGCGAAUGGAUACCUUCAUUGAAUGUUAUAAUCUCCCCUGCUCUGAGUUAGUAGGGUAUCACUUUCUUCACCUCCAGAGAGUAUUAUUCUUCAGUUUCCGGAAGCAGUUUUAAUUAUUUUUCUGUAAUUUUUUUUAUCUCAGUUUAUUUUACGAUCUGCCAAUCUCAGGCCUUGAUCCUGAUGAUGAUUGCAGAGGGUUCAACAGGCGUUCCUAGGUGAUCUGUCAUUUUGAGAGGAGGGAGCUAGCAUAAUCUGAGCAUGGGCCCUGUAAAAUGCACUGCUUCUGUUGUGGGCCUGCACCGGAGAACUCUGAGAGAGUCGAGGGUUGCCUGGGGCAUCACAGACUCAGGCUGUUAGAGAGAGUCACCCUGGUCUCUCGCCCGUCUCCCUCUCCACAUCCCUUUAAUCCACAUGACUUGAACAAAACCCUUUUUCCUGAGAGAGCCUUUCUUGCUGGGAAGAGGCCAGCUGCUAUGGGCACAGAUUUGACACAGCCAGCUCCCAUUCUUCUGAUUAAGCCUGGGAAACAUUGACCAGUUGCUGAUGUGGGGGAGGGGUGCAGGUGGGCGUCUGUUUUAGAUACUGUUUCCUGGGACAAAAAACAGUUCAACACUGGUGAAAGCAAUCUGGGAUUUGAAAGGCAGUGGCAAAGUAGGAAUGGAGAGCACAUAAAUAUCCAUCUUGACUCUUUUCCGCUUCCUUCCUUAACUCUCCCAUUGUCUCUCUUUGCCUUUUAAAUUUGAAGGUAUUGUUCUACUUCCCUUCCCCCCACUCCAAACACAUACACAGCCUUUCCCUUUAGAAGCAAAAUCUUUAAGGAGCAUCAUCCAUUCUUAGGCGCGAUAACGUUGCAGGAAGGGAGUAGAAGCAGUGUACGGUACAUUGUAUUCCUAAUCCCAGCAGUAAUAACUCCUAAGUACAAGAGGCACCCAGUAGUUACACACUGUAUACCCGGGGUAGUCAAUAAGCGGACCACUGGUGAAAUCCAGACUGCCAGAUGCUUUUGAACAGUCCCCAAAAUCUUUUUAUUUACUUAUUUUUUUAAAAAGAAAAGGAGGACUUGUGGCACCUUAGAGACUAACAAAUUUAUUAGAGCAUAAGCUUUCGUGAGCUACAGCUCACUUCAUUGGAUGCAUACAGUGGAAAAUAUAGUGGAGAGAUUUUAUAUACACAGUGCUCAGAUAAAUUAGUUAGUCUCUAAGGUGCCACAAGUCCUCCUUUUCCUUUUGCGAAUACAGACUAACACGGCUGCUACUCUGAAACCUCUUAUUUCUUUAAAUAUCUCUGGCAUCUGGCCCUUGACCAAGAAACUUGGACCUUGACAAAAAUAAUUGACUACACUGUACUCAAAAUCCGCUCUGAAAUUCUUGUGGGUGAUUAAUUGAGGUUAUAUAUACACUACAAACCACAUCUUCCACUACUGGACUAACCAUUAAGUGCCAGUAACUCCUUAUUCAGGGAGACUAAGAGUGUGCGGAGUCUGCUUGAUCUGCCUAGCUUUUACCCUAUAUGGAACCCAACUCCUUUACUCACAAAAAGCUCCUCUUGAAGCCAAGUGGUCUGAUUUUCACCUCACACCAUUGUUACACUCCUGUAACUCCACUGGGCUGGGCAGGGCCUUACCAAUACCACUGAAGUCUGUGGAGCUACGGAUGUAAAAUUGGCAUAUAGAGGAGACUUCAGCAGAGCCACUCUUGAUUUACACCAGCAUGAGAUCAGAAUUGGGUUAAACGAGUCCUUAGUAUUUAAUACAUGGUUUAGAAGAAGGACUUGAAGGCUUUCACUCCCUGCCCUUCUUUCCAGCAUAGCUCUUUAUUGGCCUUGGAGGGGAAAGUGGUCAAAACAGAGCAGAUAUAAAGCUCUGUGGCAGAUGUCUCCUUCUCUAUUUUGGGUGCAUGGGAGUGGCAAAUUGCCUAGUUUUGGCAGAGAGAGCUGCUCUUUUAUCUGGAGAGGCAGCAGAGUUGAGUGGUCUGAGCCCAGGACUGGAUAUCUACAACUCCUAAGUUCUGAGCCUGGCUUUGACACCGAUUCCUUUUGUGGCCUUGGUUAAGUCAGCUGGUCUGAAAGGAUGUAAUUCUGAUUAAAGUCAAUAGAGGUAUGCCAGUUUACAGCAGUUGAGAAUCUAACUCUCUGUUUCUGUUCCCCCCCCAUCUGUAAAAUGCCUACCUACUUCACAGGGCUGGUGUGAGGAUUAGUGCAUGUUUGUAAAGCACCUUGAAAGGUGUAAAGCACUAGAUAAGUGCUAAGUAUUAUUAUACUAUAGUAUUCAAAAUAAAAAUGCUUCAAAGAACCUGCAGAAAUUCACUUGAAAAAAGGUGACGUGAAUAAAUGUUUCAGUUAGAUUUCUGCAUCAGAUGGAAAGCAAAUGGAAAACAGUCAUUUGCAUGAUCUAUUAGGGAGGAAGCCAAGCCAAAACUCUGGACCCAGACACACCCAAACUUCAAGGGAAGGGGUUUUUAACAAGUCUGAACUCAGAUCCCAAAGUUGCAAAAAGUUUCUAAAAGUCAGAAGCAAAACCCCAAGAUGUGAGCAUCACAUCCCAAUUUUGCAACGCAGGCUCAUCUCUGAAUGAGCUAGAAUAAGCCUGAUCCAGCCAAAACAAAGUAUCCUAAUUCUAGCUGGAUUAUUGCUGAAAAUGUUGAAGUUGAACAUGCUGUGGUUCUGUUCAUCUUUUCUCAGGCAGAAAGUCAACUAGAGUUUAAGGAACGAGUUACAAACGGGAUAUUUAAUUUCCUUUGAUCAUAAACUUUAUUGGCUUUAAAGCCAAUGGAGAGGGAAUGCCCAUUUUGGAAUUAAUUCCUGUCCCACUGUAUGUAGGAUGUGUACGAUUUUCCGGAUGAGAAUGUGUUUGUAUGAACAGCCACUGGACUCAGAACAAACUUAUGAACAGAAUUAUGGCUCCAAAGUAUGGCUCUCAAAUGGUAUAAAUUGGCAUAACUCUGUUGAUUUCAAAUCAGGCCCCAAACUGUAAAUUAUUUUUUCCAGUAGCACCCACACUGUGCUAGGUGCUGUACAAAUACAAAUGAAGGCUGAAGCGCUUACAUUCUAAAAAUGGGUGUAUACCUGUGAAAUGGACCAUAAUUCUCAAGCAGUAAAACUUACAUUAUUAUGAACUCAAAGGCAAAUACAAUGCAAAUUUUUAUUGUUUCUUUAAAUGUUUGAUAGAUAUUCUUUUUCUUAGUUUGGAGGAAGUUCCGUUGACGAUGUAUUUUUUUCCUUUAAAGUAAAAAUAUAAAAAUUAUGUCGGUAUACCUAUAGAUAGACUAAAAAAAAAAAAAAAAAGUGGCCAGUUGG